UCCCUGAACGUUUCCCUAUACGUCAACUCUGCGACCCCGUCUAUUCCUAGCAUUACAAGAGGAGAGAUGCCAUAAACACGGACGCGGAAUCAUAUCUUUGCGCGCAACCCAUUUCGCCAUAAGCUUUUACAAAUCAUAUAGCCAAGAGGACUUGAUGGACGCAGGGAGGCUCUUCUAACGCAGUAGGAUAUCUUUGGCUUGGGUAUAUUACUCGAAGUUAUUCGCUCUGGGCCGCAUUAGAUUGGUCAGGUUGUUCUUGGCAGGUUUGCUGUUUUGUAAAGUGGAUAGGAGUGAAACAAUAUAUUUAAAGACUUGAUUAGUCACUAUGCAGAUGACGAUAUAUUUUUAAGAUGAUAGUAGCUCGGUCUUGAACGAUAAACGAGGAGGUCAUUUGUGGCUCACGCUACUAACGUCAUCCAUUUGCUUGGUGCUUCGCUUCCUUGUGCGAAGCCAAUAGAAUGAGUGCCGAGAGAAAGAGAGGGCUGGUCUGGUCUCUGACAUCCGAUUCUUUCACUAAUCCUGUGCUGCUGGAGGAAUUUUAAAUCCACUCUUCAGCCUGCCAUAGGAGCUGUGAGUGAGCGGAGGCGGAGGGCAAAUCUGUUGAAUUGGGGUUGUUUGGUUAGCCUAGUUCAGGUGUGGACAUUGAUCUGUCAGAUCAAACCAUGCCUAAUUUAACGGAGAGUCUCUCUACGUAGCCUAGUAGAUAUAAAUAUUAAACAAAUGAAAGAGGAGGAGUCGGUUGUCGUUUGUUUACAGAUAAAGGGAUGCGGAGCGCAAUUGCAAAGGGAACUGGAGCCACUUGGAGAUGGGACUAAACGCUGCCAUACCUUGCACAAGUUGAUGUUUUGCACCGCGCGAGGAAAUUAAACCUAGGCUACGAGAUUUUUGGUCUUGAAAAGCAUUUCCCCCGUGGAGUUGGGAUGCACAACAUGACAGAUACGUCUCGAGUCCUGUCGCAAUAUUUCUUUAUGCAAAUCACUAAAUUGCAUUAGGGUUUCCUCUAAAGCAUCUUUGGGACUUCAGGUUGAACUUUCAGGUUCGUCGCAAGUUCAGAGAACUCGCAGCACUGAGAUUUAGAGCCGAAGUCUCAUUGUUCCGUUCCAAUCCACCACGGAUGAAAAGGCAGUCACAUAUUAAACUAUUUUUGUACGUGUGAAUCGGCAUCUGCGAACCUUUCAGCAUAGGAUGCACCCAGAAAACCAUAGUAACUCGUCUGAGAAUGUGCCAACAGGCGCCAGUAGUCCUGCCCACGAGAGGGUUGAGGUGAACGGACUGGACCAGGCAGAGGUAUCAAAUUGCGAACUGCAGGCUGGGCAGCGUGAUCAGUCGGCUCAGAGUACGAUGGAGCAGAAGGCGGCAACCCUUGUCCCAGAGAAACACGAGGAGGCGAAUCAGUGCUUUGGGGAAAGCGAGAGUAAAAAUGCCCCGGAGGAUAGCACAGCUCAACUCAUCGAAACGGGAUGUACCGACAAAAGGCCACCCUCGCCACAGACAGGUCAGGCACCAGACGCCACUCAAGGCUCGGACUUCGUGCCCCCCGAGGGUGGAUUCGGCUGGUUGGUGGUCUUCGCCGCUACCUGGUGCAACGGGUCCAUCUUUGGCAUACAAAACUCCUUUGGUAUUCUUCACUCGAUGUUGGUGAAAGAGCAUGAGGACCCAGACGACACAACGUCGCAGUUUAAAGUAGCAUGGGUCGGAGCACUGGCCAUGGGAAUGAUCUUCUUCUGUUCUCCUGUGGUGAGCAUGUUCACGGACCACUUUGGCUGCAGGAAGACGGCAGUGGGAGGCGCAUUUGUGGCCUUCCUUGGAUUGCUCAGCACUUCGUUUGCAAGCUCCCUCAUUCUACGCUACUUCACCUAUGGAAUCCUCUUCGGCUGCGGUUCGUCCUUCGCCUUCCAGCCGUCGCUGGUCAUCCUUGGCCACUACUUCCGCCGGCGGUUGGGCCUGGCCAACGGGGUGGUGACGGGCUGCAGCAGCCUGUUCUCCAUGGGCAUCCCGGUGCUCCUGAAGAAGGUGGCGGAACCGCUGGGCCUCGCUGCCACUUUCCGGAUCCUCAGCAUCUUCAUGCUGGUGCAGGCACUCCUCGCCCUGACCUUCCGGCCGCUCUUGCCCAGCCGAGGGAUGGGGUCGAGCGAAGCGCCCUCGGCCGGCGGAGACCGGGGGAGCAGGUGGCAGCGAGGGCUGGUGGUGGUGAAGACGUACUUCAACCUGCGAGUGUUCCGCGUCGUCACGUACCGGGUGUGGGCGUUUGGCGUUGCCACGGCAGUUCUAGGCUAUUUCGUGCCAUACGUUCACCUGAUAAAGUUUGUGGAGGAGCAAUUUCCUGAGUCAGAUAGGGACUGGAUUUUGUUGGUUUGCAUUGGUGCCUCAUCUGGAGUGGGACGUCUCAUCUUUGGGAAAGUGGGAGACCUAAUUCCAGGGGCGAAGAAGAUCUACAUGCAGGUGGCGUCCUUCAUGGUGCUGGGCCUGAUGUCCAUGAUGAUCCCUCAGUGCCGUGUGUUCGAGGGGCUGGUGGUCGUGUGUGUUUUCCUGGGGCUCUGCGACGGAUGCUUCAUCACAAUCAUGGCGCCCAUCGCCUUCGAGCUGGUCGGCCCCAUGCAGGCCUCGCAGGCCAUUGGCUAUCUGCUUGGUCUCAUGGCCCUGCCUAUGACUGCUGGUCCUCCCAUAGCUGGUCUCCUGCAUGAUUAUUUCGGCAACUACCAAGUGGCAUUCUACCUGGCCGGCGUGCCGCCCAUCGUGGGCGGACUGGUGCUGUUCUGCGUGCCCAUAGUGCACUGGCGCAUGGCGAGGGACCAGAAGAGGGAGGCAGUGGACCCCAGCACUGACAAGAUGCUGAAGAACAGCUCCAACGGAGACAUGCUGCCCGGCUUCACGGACAUGGAGACUCACAUCUGAGUGCGCCUACCUGCCAUGCAAAGUCCAGAGGGAUUCUGUCCACCAGCACUUACUCAACUAUGACUUGUGAGAGUCUCGGAACCAAGGCAACUAUGCUUUCAUCAAUUCAUCUUCAUCACAGAACUGUCAGCCAAGUUACUACGAUCAAAGGCCAUAUUCAUAGGAGAGGACACCCUCUCCCUUCAGACCUUGAGUAUGCCUCCACACACCACACUUGAACCCCUGUGUUCCAUACGGUGUGACAUAUUAACUCAAAGAGGAAGUUAUAGGCAGAAUAUAUGGGCAGGAAUUCAGGAGGAGUCGGCAAAUGCUGCCAUGGCGGUGCUCAGCCACACCUGGACCUGUGUUUUUUUUUUUUUUUUUUUUUUUUUUUUUUUAUAACUCGUAGCAUAGAAUCUCCCCAGUCAAUGAACAAAUGGUUGUCUGUUGAAAUACUGAGGGGAUAGUCAGAGUUGUCUAGAGUGGACCGGAGUAGAUACCUUUAAACAGGAACUGGGUUGUGUUUCAGCAUAUAGGCUAGCUCUGCAGGUAUUUCCUUUUGUUAUAUGCAAGGGGAUUUGUCGUGGGUAACAUUUAGCUGACAUUUGUUGAAAAAGGACUAUUCCAGAACCAAUUACUUCCUUUAAAAAAAAGGAAGGCUUUAAAAUGGUGUUUUCACUUUAAGGUUAUUUUUUAUCUGUUAUCUACCAAGUUAAAUUUGUAAAAUGCAUGACAUUUAUUUUGUAUAACAACAAUAUUUUGGUGACAAAUCAAGAAAAGCAACACAUAUGUUUUUAUAUAUGCUUAUGUUAGUUUUAAUACAUAUUUAAUUACUUACCGGUCUCAAAUCUUACGUAUGUAUCUAUGCAUACACCAAUAUGCAGCAGUCUGUGCCAUUGGCUACAUGACCAUUGGACUACUAUGUUGGAGAAAAUACAUAGUGUCAGUGGCAUAUGUAGAGCCUUAAUCCCCUCUUUGUAAGUACUACAUUGCCACGCUCACUAUACUGUAUGCAUUUGGCAGUGUCUGAUGUAAAGCAUCUCACCUCAUAUCAUUUUCAUAACGAUUCUGGCUUCCGAUUUUUAUUAUAUGCCUGAUAGACAUAGGGCACUGACUCGUAGAAAUGUGAUUUUUAUGAUUUUAUUUUCCUCAUUCUGUGUGAAAAAACAGCCCCAAGGUCUUGUGUGUGAAUCAUGGCAGGUAAUGCUAAUGAGAUGGACUGAGAGCAGAUUUGUCUGCUAGUCAGAUAGUGGGUGGUUGUGUGAAGAUAUCCCUUUUAAAACAGUUAGUUAGUUAGGUAGUUUGUCUGUUUUAUUUGGUUGUAUUUUCUUCAUUUGGCAAGACAAUCAGUGCACUGCUUGUUAUCUUAUGGUUGAAGAAAGAUGGUUGACCAUCAGUUAUUGAACACUAAUCAUUGGCUUGACUUAAAAUGACAAACAGUGUAGCUUUUGAAGGAUAAUGGUAAAUAUGCAUAACACUGGCCUUGUCAGCACUAUAAUAUAUUAUGUAGCCAAUGGAUAUUUUGUGUUUUAAAUGGGAAACCCUUUUGAAAUCUGCAUUUCAGUUAUUUCUCUUUUGUUUGGUUUAUUUUUAUUUUUGCUUGCAAUUUGCGAUUUCUGUAGCUGUGGUGUUUAUUUUUUCACUUAAUUUUUGAGCUGAAAGUCAUCUUAGGAUCGUCACUGUAUUUCUGUCAUUUCCGUCAGUGAAAACAACAGCAUAGCAACACUUUGGCUAGUUCCCGAAAACUAAGCUCGUGCCAGUGAGCUGUGAACAAAUUUCUUCUAUACAUCUUCAUGACAUUGGGCAUGCUUUUUCUUCGGAAUCAAGUUACAGCCUAAACAACAUGGCCUCACAUGAGCCUGUGCCCUAGGAAUUCCAGAGAUGCAGUACUGUUCUCUUUCCGUGUGGGCCAGUUACCUCUCCUAAUAACUGGUUUCAUUUACUGUCAGUCUUUUGUGAUGGCACCUUGAAUAGGCUGGAAGGAGUGAGUUCAGAAA